AUGCAACGCUUCGCCGCGGCCCGUAUUCUCCCGGCCUGCGCCGCUAUGACCCUUUCAUGCCGUGCCGCCAGUAAAGAGGGAAUGGGAGAGAAGAAGCGGCAGGUGAACCUUGACGACGAUGACCGCUGGCUUGAGGCGGAGUUCGACGAGAAAAUUCGGACCCCAGAGGAGCGCUACGCCUAUGAGCGACAGCGUGAACUGAUAAAGUCUAUACUUCGCCAGAUGGACGACGGAAAGGGUGAGAAGCUGCAGUCGAAGGUGGAUGAGCACCAUGAGAAAAUUGAAGAGAUUAAGUCUCAAAUGGCCGCAUUGGAGGAUAAACUGAGGGAACUGGGCAACGAAAAGUAG